AACGCCCACUUCCUCGUCUCUUCCUCCGCACAAAUCAACAUGGCGACGAUGGGAAGAAUCAGGAAGAGUAGCACUCUCUGUCUACUCGUUGUCUCACUCCAGCUUUUGCGACUCGGCGGCGUUUUGUCAGCUCCGAAGAAUAUCACCUCGGCUGAGGCGACCACCGAGAAAGCCAAGGUAGGCGUAACAGUGAGUCCUCCCCAGAUCACAGGAAACCAAAGCAAUACUCGGAUGGACACAAAAGAAUUGACGAUCCAAGAGAAGGCCGAGCCAAAGACCAGUCCCGAGAUUCCCGACACGGCACCUGUCCAACCCAAGGCCCCUCAGCAAAACCCCGUCCAAAUUGACGACACCCAACUCAAUCACACAACAGCGAGUGAACCCAAAACCAAACAAAACGACGACAACUCUGCGGUGGUCAUCGAUUCCUCUGACAAGGAUGCCAAGCCACCGCCUGACGAGACUAAAAUUAUCACACCCCAGGUGGCAAACACCAUGGCAUCACCCACCGUGUCUAAAACGCCAGAAACCGCCUCCACCACAGCCAAAAAAUCCCCAGAACCCAUUAAACCCACCGAAGAGGAGACCACAGUCUCUGCCGUCAAACCCUCCGAGGCGCAGACCGCGACCCCCUUGCAGGAAUUUGAGUCGGACCUGCUGCAGCCCGCCGGCAAAGAAGCGACAGCUCACCUGGACCCGGAGGACGACUACGAUGCCGAUGAAGACGACGAUCCGGACGCCUACGCCGAUGGCUUGUAUCGCCUGGACGCCAACGAGGAUGGCGGCAAGGAGCAGGACCAGACGGUGAUCCAGCUGGAGACGCCCGGUGUCAAGGAAGACGACAGCUACACGCUGCCCGGCAUCUACAACACCGAGGAUGAGGACUCGCAUUUCUUCUUCCACCUGGUCAUUCUGGCUUUCCUGGUGGCCCUCAUCUACAUCACCUACCACAACAAAAGGAAGAUCCUGCUGCUGGCUCAGAGCCGCCGCUGGAAGGAGAGCCUGUGCUCUCGCAACACAGUCGAGUACCACCGGCUGGACCAGAAUGUCAACGAGGCCAUGCCGUCCCUCAAGAUGACACGCGAUUACAUCUUUUGAGCCAUCGCACUCGGAACUUUUGUGCCCUCUUGCUCGAUUGGCCUUCACGCUUUUGUCGGGCCGCCAUUUUUGCCCCCCCGCCUCUACAGAAAUUUUGUAAUUAUCUUCCUACCACAUUUUCUCUUUGUCACAAAGUCAACAUUUAACAGGAGUGUUUAGUUUAAGCUCUUUAGGGUGAGUUUCCGCCUUAUCCGCUUUCAUUUUGGAUUUGUUCCAUUGGAGUGCAACAAAUGAAAUGACACUCAGUGAUUACUUUGGAGCAGGCAUUAUUUUCCAACAUGUCCGUUCCUUUUUGCCCGCCCCCCUACUGGCCAGAUGCUGCCGUGCAGGACUCCUGGUUGGCCCCAUCUUUGUUUUAUGACUUCGGUGAAGUCCUUGUCGAUUACCCGCGCUCACUAAAUGCACUGUUGAGGCUACCCAAAAUGCGCCCAGAAGUUGAUUUGCAGCAAAAGUUAUACCACAACUCCAUUUGGGCAAACCUCGUGCCAGAAGAAUGCUAAUUUAGAUACGAAUUCACAGUGCAAGUAAAAGAGUAUGAGUUACAAUUUCUCCUUUUCCUAAUUGUUGUUUAAUUUUUUUUUUUGUUUUUUGUUAAACACCUUUUAAAGCACUCAAGGACACUGCAGAAUCAAGCUGUAAAAUCAAGUUAAAAACAUCAGUGUAAAACGACUCGAAUAGAUUGAAUAAAAACGGCGAUAA